UCAAAUCAGGAUCUGCUGAAAAACAUAGAUGGUCACAAAAAGGCAUUCCAUGAGAUCCACGGGGCCAGGUCUGUUAACGGAGUGCCUGUUCCGCCUGACCAAUUAGAAGAUAUGGCAGAGAGGUUUAAUUUUGUUGUCUCUUCAUCUGAGCUCCAUCUGUUGAAGAUGGAGUUUCUGGAAUUGAAGUACCGUCUACUGUCACUCUUAGUCCUUGCAGAAUCAAAGUUAAAAUCCUGGAUUAUCAAAUAUGGAAGGCGAGAGUCAGUGGAACUACUUCUUCAAAAUUAUAUUGCUGUUAUUGAAAAUAGUAAGUUCUUUGAGCAGUAUGAAGUUACUUACCAGAUCUUGAAAAGGUCAGCUGAAGUGUACGCCAAAGCAAAUGGCUCAGUGGAAGAAGUGGAGAAUGUGACGAAAUUCAUGAAUGAAACAACAGCACAGUGGAGGAACCUCUCGGUAGAGGUGAGAAGUGUAAGAAGCAUGUUGGAAGAAGUAAUUGCUAAUUGGGACAGAUAUAGCAGCACUGUGGCAGGUCUACAAGCUUGGCUGGAAGAUGCUGAAAAAAUGCUGAAUCAGCCUGAACACACUAAAAAGGACUUCUUCCGGCAUUUACCUCAUUGGAUCCAACAGCACACAGCCAUGAAUGAUGCUGGCAAUUUCCUGAUUGAAACAUGUGAUGAGACCAUUUCCAGAGACCUUAAACAGCAACUUCUGUUACUAAAUGGAAGAUGGAGAGAAUUGUUUAUGCAAGUUAAGCAGUAUGCUCGAGCAGAUGAACUGGACAAAAUGAGGAAGGAAUAUUUGGAUGGUGUUGCCCAUUUGACGGCUUUUAUUGAUGGAAGCAAUAGGAAACUUUCAGUCCCUGUAGAAGUGUCCUUCCUUGAUGUCAAAACAUUUGCACAGGACUUAGAAAAUAUAAAGCAGAAAUUGCCUGCAAUGGAAGCUCAGUACAAAGCAGUUACCAGAACAGCACAACUUGUUACAAAAGAAGUUUCUCAAGAGGAAGUGAAUGAAAUGCUUGGAACUCUGACAAGGAUCAAAGAGCAGCUGAGCAAGGUUAAGGAGUACUCCUGUGCCCUGCUGUAUGAAUGCCAGCAUCUGCUGUCUCCACUGGAAGAACUGGAGAAACAAAUCACACAUUUUUAUGAAUCUCUUGAAAAAGUCAAUGAAAUAAUAUCUAUCCUGGAUCCUGAAGCACAGCCUACAACUGUUCUUAAACAAAAAGCCCAAGAUUUGGUAGCUUAUCAAGAAAACUGCAAGAAAGAUUUGUCCCUGAUUGAGAGAAAUAGUCAAAGUAUUCUGCAGUGUGUGGCUUCAACUGAAGUGUUACGGCAUUUCCAACAGUCAACAUUUCAGAAGAAAGUUACACAAGUUCAGAUUACUUUCCAGAAUAUGGUCAGGAAAGCUGGUGACUGGAGAAAAAACAUAGAAGCAAAUAGCCGACUGAUGAAGAAAUUUGAGGAGUCUAGAGCAGAACUGGAGAAAGUUAUACAGAUUGCCAAUUGUUGCUUAAAAGAAAAAGGAAAUCCUGAAGAACUUCUCAGGAAACAUAGCGAAUUCUUUAACCAGCUGGAUCAGAGAGUCCUAAAUGCCUUUCUGAAAGCGUGUGAUGAACUUACUGACAUCCUCCCAGAACAAGAGCAACACAACCUGCAGGAAGCUGUGAGAAAACUCCAUAGGCAGUGGAAGGAUCUUCAAACAGAAGCCCCAUAUCAUUUGAUCCACUUGAAGAUUGACGUACAGAAAAGCAAGUUCCUGGUCACAGUGGAGGAGUGCAAAGCUGAACUUGCUCGACAGAACAAGGUGUUAUCAAGAGAAGGAAAUGAAAGAAUGAUCGAGGAACACAUGUUGUUUUUUGGUGACAAGGGAUCUUACCAUCUGUGUGAGAAAAGGCUGCAACGGAUUGAAGAACUGUGCCAAAAACUGCCAGUUUCUGAUCCAGUGAGGGCUACGUUGGAAAGCAGCCAACGAAUCCUAAAGGAGCUCAAAUCCCAGAUAGACAGCACAUAUGUAAAGCUAACAGAACACUCGAACACCUGGAAGGGCUACAGGAACAGAUUUUCUGAGAUGGCAAAUUGGAUUUUAUUAACAGAAAGAGAGCUAAAGAAGAUAAAGGAAAGUGUCCAUGAUACUGCCAAAUACAAGCAAUGUAAAGCAUCUGUGGGGGAAAUUAGGAAGCAUAUUAACAAGCAAGGAGAAAAUCACAGCUGGCUGAAAUCUAGAGUUGCUGUGUUGACCACUAUAUGUCCUGAUUUGGAGGCCAAAAAGACAGAGGAGGAACUUUGUAAACUUUCCAGUGACUUCAGGGGACUCCUAGAUUUGCUGGCUGAGAUUGAAAAGACAUUAGGCACUGUUGGAGACUGUGUCCAGUACAAAGAAGAAGUUAAGAGUGCAAUUGAAGACUUAAUCAACAACUCUAAAGAAGCCCAAGCAGAGGCUGAAAAGAUCCUGGAUACGGAAAGUUUAUUACAAGCUCAGCAACUACUACUUCAUCAUCAGCAAAGGACAAGGAGACUCCGAGCAAAGAGGCAAGAUGUGCAACAUCAGAUUUCCCAAGCUAAACAGUUGCACAUGGAAGGUGGACUGCCCAGCACGAUGCAAGAGGAUUUACAAAAGUUGGAAGGAACAUUGGAGAACAUGCAGCAGACUAUGGAGAAACGUGAAGAGCAACUGCAGGUCACAGUAAAUAAAUGGGAGCAGUUUGAAAGGGACAAAGAAACAGUGGUAAAAUAUCUCAAUCAAGCAAGCUCUGCACUUGAACGUAUCUUAAACUUCAGCAGUUUAGAGAGCCUCUCGUCAGAACUGGAUCAGACAAAGGAACUUUCUAAACAGUCUGAAGCAAUAGCAGUGCAGGCUGAGAAUUUGGUGAAGAAAUCUUCUGAGAUACAGCUUGGUUCAAAGAACAAGCAGUCCCUUCAACAGCAGGCAAAAUCAAUCCAAGAACAAGUGAAAAAAGUGGAAGUUACUCUUGAAGAAGAUAUUAAAAGCAUGGAAAUGGUGAAAAACAAGUGGGAUCAGUUUGGCAAUAAUUUUGAAGCCCUGUCCAUCUGGAUAGCUGAACAAGAAAAAGAACUGGAAACUUUGGAAGCAUCCUCAUCUCCUUUGGACAUACAGAUCAGCAAAAUCAAGGCUAUUAAUAAAGAAAUAGAUGGUAAAAUAUCUGCAAUCUCAAAACUAGAAGAGGAAGUCAAGUCUUUUUCUCAGUUUGUUACCUCUGGAGAAUGUGCACAUAUUAAAGCCAAACUGAUUCAGGUCAAAAGAUAUUGGGAAGAGCUAAGAGAUCAUGCACAGAGACUGGAAGGAACGAUCACAGACAAUGCAUCAGCACAGCAGAAAUAUGAAGAAAGUCUUAAACAGGUGCAGCAGGAAGUGUCUGAAUUUGAAGCUAAGCUAGCUGAGCCUCUCACAUCAUGCUCUUCAGCCACAGCAACAUAUGCAGCCCUUCAGGAUUGCACGGACUUUUGUCAUGCUGUGGAAAAACUGAGCAACGCUCUGGCCUCUCUCUCAGCCUGUGCCCGAAAGGUGGCCAGCAAAGAAAAAGCUGCUCAGCAGGUUACAGCAUUACAGAAGAAAUAUGAAAAGGUGCUAGAAAAUGCUAAAGAGAAACAGACCUUAUUAGAGACUCUCCUGGCUCGGUGGCAAAAGCAGGAGAAGGAGCUGUCUGCCUUCUGGACCUGGUUGGAGGGGUGUGAAGCUACAGCCAGGCCUUCAGAGCAGUAUGUUUCUGCUGACAGAGUUAAACUGGAAGGUGAACUGCAGUCACUAAAGGAUGUGCGAGCAGAUGUUGAGUCCCGCGCUGCAGUCUAUGCAAGCCUGUUACAGUUAAAUGAGUCCCUGUUCCCAACAGCUUCCAAACAGUGCGUGAAAGCAAUAAAAGAAAAAUUUGAAGAGCUGGAUGAGAGGUGGAAAGCUUUACCACAAACUGUUGAUAAAAGGAUCAACUUUCUUCAGUCUCUUGUUGCUGAGCAUGAGGAGUUUGAUGAGCUCCUGCUCAGGUUUUCAGACUGGAUUAAGCAGUUUCUUGCUGAACUACAAGCCACUUCAGAGAUAAGCACAGCUGAUCAACAACUAGCUGCAUCUCACAAUAAGAACCACUCAAUUGAAGUCAAAAGUAAGAAACAGUAUUUACAAAGUCUGAAGGAACAUGCAGAUAAAUUGUAUUCUUUCAGCUGCCCAGAGGACCAGAAAACAUUGCAGGGAAAGAUUGAAGAUUGCUUUCAGAUCUUCCAGGAGGCAAGUCAAAUAACUUGCCAAAGACAAGAGGCUCUGGAUCAGCUGCGGGUAUUCCUGGAGCUCCAUAGUGCUGCAUCAGGAGUGCUUCACCAGCUGAGGCAGACAGUGGAGAAAACAGGAAAUAUGGAUAAAGCUAAAUCUGAAUUACUGGAAAAGGAACUAAAUUAUGUUAUUCAAGACCUUAACAAGCUGGAAUCUGUUGCCAUCAAUUUGGAUGGUUCCCUUACUAAGGCCCAGUACCAUCUAAAGCACAGCAUUUCUGAGCAGAGGACUUCCUGCAGAGCUGUGGUGGAUAACCUGUGCUUGGAACUGGAGGCAGUUCAAAACCUGUUGGGAACCAAACAGAGUGAGGCAGAAGCUCUUGGAGCCUUGCGAAGAUCUUUCAUGGAACGCAAAGAACAGCUAUUGAAAAGUAUUGAAGAUACUGAGGAAAAGGCUGAUAGGGAGGGCCUGAAGGAGGCAACACUACAAGCCCUCCAGCAAAGAUUGAGGGUCUUUAACCAGUUAGAUGGUGAAUUGAAUUCUCGUCAGCAUGAACUUCAGUGGCUCAUGGACAAAGCAAAACAAAUAGCCCAAAAAGAUAUUACACUUGCUCCUGAGAUCGACGAAGAGAUAAAUCGCUUGGAAUCUCUAUGGGAGGGUACCAAGAAAGUUGUACAUGAAAAAAAGGAGCAGUCCUGCAUUCUUAUUGAUCUGAUGAAGGAAUAUCAGAGCUUGAAGUCAACAGUAAUGAAAGUCAUAGACAGUGCUGACAGUGCUUGUGUGAUCAAAUCCAUUUGGAAGGAUCAUGAAGAUGUCAGGCGAACUUUGUCGAAG